GUCCCUUUGAAACUCUCUGGUCGUACCCAACAUCUCAUCUCCUCUCCUCAUAUCAUCCUCCUCUCUCUCUUGCGGUGACCCCUCUCUUUCCCUUUUCUCCAGGGGUCGCCAUUUCGUUCCCUCCAUCUACCAUUCAAUUUCACAAAAUUCUAAAAUUUUCAAUUUCUUCAUCACCAAAAUCCAACCAGGAAAACCCAAAUUCACCUUCUUUCUUUUUUCCUUUCAUCAAAUAAUCAGCUAUGUCGGAGAUGGCUAACACAGAUCCGGAAGGAAUGGACGGAGUUCGAAUGACAUGGAAUGUCUGGCCACGCACCAAAGUCGAAGCCAGUAAGUGCGUGAUCCCACUUGCCGCUUCCAUCUCUCCGAUCCGCCACCACCCCGACAUCCCUACCCUACCUUACUCUCCUCUCCGUUGCAAGACUUGCUCCGCCAUCCUCAAUUCCUUCUCUCGCGUCGACUUCACUGCCAAGAUCUGGAUCUGCCCCUUUUGUUUCCAGCGCAAUCACUUUCCUCCUCACUACGCCAUGAUCUCCGAGACCAAUCUCCCCGCUGAGCUCUACCCUCAAUAUACGACUGUGCAAUACACCCUUCCUAACCCUAAUAUUAAUCCAAAUAAUCCCAUGAACGCGGCUCCUGCACCGUCGGCUUCUCCUGUUUUCUUAUUUGUUCUUGAUACGUGUAUGAUCGAGGAGGAGUUUGAGUUCGUCAAAUCUGCGCUGAAACGCGCGAUCGGGUUGUUGCCGGAUAAUGCUCUUGUUGGAUUCGUUUCGUUUGGGACGCAGGCGCAGGUUCAUGAAUUGGGUUUUGCAGAUAUGUCAAAGGUUUAUGUUUUCAGAGGCAGCAAGGAGAUUUCCAAAGAUCAGGUUAUGGAGCAAUUGGGACUUGGAGCUUCGGGCAGGAGAGCGCCUGCUGGAUAUCAACAGAAAGGGAUGCAAAAUGGGUUUCCAAAUGCCGGCGUUACCCGCUUCUUAUUACCCGCAUCAGAAUGCGAAUAUACCCUGAACUCUCUUUUGGAUGAGUUGCAAACGGAUCAAUGGCCUGUUGCUCCGGGGAAUCGAGCUUCAAGGUGCACAGGCGUGGCCUUAAGUGUGGCAGCAGGAUUGCUUGGAGCUUGUUUUCCUGGGACUGGCGCCAGGAUUGUUGCUUUGGUCGGUGGUCCGUGUACAGAAGGACCAGGCACGAUUGUAUCAAAAGAUUUGUCAGAUCCAGUGCGUUCCCAUAAGGAUCUUGAGAAGGAUGCAGCACCAUAUUUUAAGAAAGCAGUUAAAUUCUAUGAUAAUCUUGCGAAGCAGCUUGUUAGCCAGGGUCACGUUUUAGACCUUUUUGCAUCUGCACUUGAUCAGGUUGGGGUUGCAGAAAUGAAAGUUGCAGUUGAAAGGACCGGUGGCCUUGUUGUUCUAUCUGAAAGUUUUGGGCAUUCUGUGUUUAAGGACUCUUUCAAGCGUGUUUUUGAAGAUGGAGAACAGUCUCUUGGUCUCUGUUUCAAUGGAAUGCUUGAGAUUAACUGUUCCAAGGACAUUAAAAUUCAGGGGAUUAUUGGACCUUGCACAUCUAUGGAAAAGAAAGGACCAAAUGUUGCUGAUACAGUUGUGGGGGAGGGAAAUACUACUGCUUGGAAGAUGUGUGGUCUUGACAAGAGUACUUGUUUGACUGUCGUAUUUGAUCUUACAUCAAGUGAAAGAUCAAAUGCUCCGGGAACCAUAAAUCCACAGCUAUACAUUCAAUUCAUUACAAGUUUCCAGAACCCUGAAGGUCAGUCAUUGCUUCGUGUCACAACUGUUACUAGAAGAUGGAUAGAUAGUGCUGUUAGCUCUGAGGAAUUAGUACAAGGUUUUGACCAAGAGACUGCUGCUGUGGUAAUGGCAAGAAUAACAUCUCUGAAAAUGGAGAUUGAGGAAGGAUUUGAUGCCACUCGCUGGUUAGACCGGAACCUCAUUAGGCUAUGUUCCAAAUUUGGUGACUAUCGGAAGGAUGAUCCAUCAUCUUUUACAUUGAACCCUUGUUUUUCCUUGUUUCCUCAGUUUAUGUUUAAUCUCCGUCGGUCACAGUUUGUACAGGUCUUUAACAACAGUCCUGAUGAGACAGCUUAUUUCCGCAUGUUGUUAAAUCGGGAAAACAUCACCAAUGCUGCUGUCAUGAUUCAGCCAUCACUAAUAUCAUAUUCAUUUAACUCACUGCCUCAACCUGCAUUGUUGGAUGUGGCUUCUAUUGCAGCUGAUCGAAUUCUGUUACUGGAUUCAUAUUUUAGUGUGGUCAUUUUCCAUGGAAUGACCAUAGCACAAUGGCGUAACAUGGGUUACCAAAGUCAACCGGAGCACCAGGCUUUUGCCCAUCUAUUGCAAGCUCCACAAGAUGAUGCCCAAAUGAUCAUGCGGGACCGUUUCCCUGUUCCUAGAUUGGUGGUCUGUGAUCAGCAUGGAUCCCAGGCAAGGUUCUUGUUGGCGAAGUUGAAUCCCUCAGCCACUUACAACAAUGCCCAUGAGAUGGCUGCUGGAUCAGAUGUUAUAUUCACAGAUGAUGUGAGCCUUCAAGUCUUCUUCGAGCAUCUUCAGAGGCUAGCUGUGCAGUCUUGAUAGUAAAUUAUCUUGUAGGUUUUCUAGUAUGGAUAUAUGAGUUCUGUAUGCUCUCUUUUUUUUCCUUCUGUUCCAUUCCGGUGUUUACCUUUGUUUUGUAACCUCUUGGAGAAGUAGGGUUGAGCCCCACAAUUGGCUGAAAAAUAAGGAGAGCAUAUAUCAUUCUUUGGUGGAGGGUUGGGGAGAUAUUUGCUCCCUUUGAAGCAAUAAGGGACACAAGAAGUAGUGUUAAUACAAAAAGAAGGUUAUGUUAGGAAUGUGAAUUAGAAGGAUCCCUGCUUCAAUGGAGGGGCAAAUGAGCAACACAUUUUGACAGUUUUUUCUCUCUUUUUGUAUUCACCAUGUGUUCUAUGUAUCCGAAUUUUUAAGUUAAAUACUGAAAAUGGAUCCUUUCUUCUUA